AUGUCGCUCAAGAUCGUAGUUUCUGGUGUCACCGGUCGCAUUGGCGCGCAUGUGCUGCACCAUGCGCUACAAAACCCGCUCGUAUCGAGGGUCAUCGCAAUAUCACGGAGGCCCCCACCCGGGAUAGAAAUGCACGCUAAGCUGGAGGUAGUGUUGCUUGAGGACUUUACAAAAUACCCCGACGAUGUGCUUGCGAAACUAUCCGGGGCAGACGGAUGCAUCUGGUGUAUGACAACAACGGCUGGUGAUCCUAUGUUAGAGCUAGAGUAUCCCAAGGCGUUUGCUGAGGCGUUUGCAUCGACCAUGCCUGUCGACUCAAAGCGCUUUCGGUAUUUGCACUUGUCAGGCGGUAUGGUGGAACGCGAUCAGGAGAAGUCAUUAUGGAUGAAGGGCUCGAUGCGCAAGAUCAAGGGCCGUGGGGAAGUUCAAAUGCUUGAAUUCGCCAAGAUGAAUGAAAACUGGAGAACGGUCAUAGCUCGGCCAGGCAUGGUUGUACAAAGAGGUAGUAUUGUUGGUGAGGCUUCCAUGAUGAUGGCUGGCUCUUCUGGCUCCUUCAUCCGAUUUGAUGAGCUUGCGCUUGCACUCGUGGAUGCGGUCGUGCAUGGCAGUGAAGAGCUGUUGCUACCUUCUACGCUCGUACAACGCGGCCAACAAUUGGCGAGGGAGGCCACCGAGUGA